UUGGCGGAAAAAGAGGUAUCCCUCCGCCGGGGUCGUCACCCCCGGGGUGCGCGCAGGCGUUAUUUCUCUAGGGCCGGGGAAGCCACAGGUGGCGUCUGUGGUGGCUGUUUGGCCCCUUCGACCGCGGUGGUUCCGGGGCCUCUUUCCGCCGCCGCGACAGUAAAGCGCCGUCGGCUUGAGGAGUUGAGAGAUGCGUCUCCUUUAAGAGGGGCGGGUUUCCAGUGACCCCUCCGAAUGCCCGCCCCUUCCUGGUUGUCAUAGCUACUGGCUGUUGGCGUCCUAAAAUGGCGUUUCUUCUCCCUGAGGUUUUGUUUGAGGCGCGUGGACAGGCCCCAGCGCCCAGCAAGGACUUCUGUCAGCUUCUUGUGAAUCGAAAGGAUGUAGUAUUUAGAUGGUGGAAAAUUUCUCUUCGAAGUGAAUUUCGUGAAGCAAGACCCGGAGAACUCAGAGAAUCCCACGAUGACUUCUUGGAUGACCCUUCUCUCCAAAUUCGAAUAGCCUAUAUCUUUGGACCGGGAACUCUAGAUCAUAUCUUCAAUCUGUGCCGGGGUAAAUUUGAUUUCCUGACACGACUUCCUGACACAUUGCUUCUGCGCAUCAUGGACUAUUUGGAUCUUGAAGAUGUUUUUCGGCUUGCUCAAGUAUCUAACAGAUUUGCAAGGUUAUGCAACUCUGACAAACUAUGGGAGAUGAUUGUACGAAACUCAUCUGGUACCAUUACCGAAGAAAUGGCAGCUCUAGCUCGUGAAAUGGGCUGGAAGCAGUUCUUCUUCACUAAUAAACUUCAACUGCAGCGCCAGCUUCAAAGGAGGAGACAGAAGGAAGCAGAUUGAGCAGAAACAAAUACGGAUGUGUUCUUUUAAUGGCAACUGUUAUAAAGUGUAGACUUGUUUAAAUAA